CGUGCUCUUUUGUUGUGGUGUCGGCUCUGUGCCGAUUUUUCGUUUCGUUUUAAGUAUUUUAGCCGGAAAAACUAAAUCACAAGAUGGGAAAAGCUAGAAAGCCGAAAUUACAUAGAAACAAAUCCAAUCCGACGGGUUUGAUGGACGUGAGUACGCUCAUCGAUCGUGGUCUAGCGGAAGAAGCCAAAUCCGGCACCCCGAUUUCUGCCAUCGUCGAUCAGCUGGAAUCGUCGGAUUCGGAGGAGAAACUAUGCGGAUUGCAAUCGCUGGCCAUGAUUUGCCAAGGAGAUGUGAACGUGGCUGAGGUCGUCGAAAAUAAUGUGAUCCGGAUCGCUUCGUCCCUGCUAGUCGAUCCGAACCAGAGUGUGCGUCACGCGACCGCCGGAGCUCUGCGAAAUAUGUCCACGUUGAGCGUGCAGCUGUGCGAGUUUAUGGUCGAGCAGGAUGUCCUGACACCGUUGCUGGCCCUGUUGCAUCGUUACACGGGAGGCGUCCAGUGGAAGCCCAAGUUCGAUUCAGAGAUGCAGAACCAAAUGGAUGAACAUGCGGACACGUUUCUGCAGGCGAUCAACUUACUGUGGAACCUUUGCGAAAGCACCACCGACGCACUGAGCGCUCUCAAUCAGACACAUAUUCUAGAGCGGUUCAUAACUUUCCUAGAUCAUACCGUGUACGGACAGGAGAUUGCAAUCGCCGUCGCCCAGUGUUUGCUGGUGGUAUCGGAGGAAAACACGUCCUGCUCGCAGGUGCUGGUCACCCAUGGAUCGGUACUUUUAUCGAUGCUCGUUCUUGAAGGAAACGACAAUGCCACGUUGCUGCUUCGCACGGUCAUCGCAGGAAUUAUAGGCAAUGUUCCCGCUCUUCUAAACAGUCACUUGAGCCAAGUACUGCUGACCAUUUCGAAGACGCUCGAGUCUGACCAUCGAUCAGCGCUGGGGAAUCUGACCAGUAUGCUCCCCCUGGUACCUACGAAAGAUGUUAUUGACCUCGAGAUUACCGAUGAUGUGCCAAUUGAAGAAGAAACCGAAGCUCAAUCACACCAGCGUCGCCGUAAAGCCGAUUUGCCAUCGGCGGAAGAGUUGGAAGUGCGGAACGUCGGUUGGUUACUGCAGGCUCAACGAAUUGCGGCCGAGAUUUUGACCAACAUUUGCUCGACGGACGACGAUGAUUGGCAGGACGAUGAUAGUGAGCAAGAAAAUGGUUCCGAUGCCGAGUGUGUGUACGAUUACGAUGCAUCGAAUGAGUUGAAUCGAAGCGUUGAAAAUACGGAUAAAAUCUCUACGGAGGUACUGGAAGCGAUCCGGUCGUUGUCUCUGGUGGAAAAACUGUGGCAAAAGGCGCAACCGGUACCGGCUAACGUGCAGCAGAUCUUGAGCGAAUCAGAACGCACCACUAUGAAGAAGCUGGACGGAUUACGAGUAUCGGCCAUGCUCGCGUUGCACAAUCUUUGCAAUAGCAUCACCACGGACGAUCUUGGUGGCCCGACGGCCGUGUACAACGUGUGGAUCGAUUUAGGACAGCAAGUUUUUCAGGGACAGCACAAUGAGAAACUGGUGGAAGCAUCGACCACACUAAUGCGAGCGACACUCGAGCAUUUACGCAAGAGCUCGGAGCUGUUUCAUCAAAUGACCGAAUCGGAUCUGCAGUUGAUGCUGAACGGUGUGGUAGAGUGCAAGGAUGCCGAAAUACGAGCCAACUGGCUACGCAUGCUGGGUAUACUCGGGUGCCUGCUGCCGGAACCGUUGGUGAAACCGAUCAUAGAUUUCGUGCUCAACACGUGCGCCAACGAACAAGAUGUAUGGGUGCUGUCGGAAGCGCUCGAUGCACUGAUGGACAUUUUCGCCGACAACGAUUGGUACGCGAUCGUCCAUGAACUAGGUAUGGUGGCAAAGUGCAAACGGCUCGAUUGUGUUAUGCGUGAAAAGCUAAAACGCGAUAAGCGUCAGCUAGGUGAUCGAUAUCCGGCGGUGCAGACGGUCCGUACCAAUUUGGGGCGAUUUUGUAAGUACCUCGAGACGGAGAUGAAGAAAUACAAACCAUAAAUCGAAGCAUAGUCAACCGUCCGGUGAUCGACACAGUAAUAGCAUCCGGAAAUGCUAUGGCAUUCAUACGAACAUUACUCGCUUCUAAUACUCCAUACCUCACAAGAAGUUCACAGCAGGAAUGGAUGAGUUGGUAGCGUUUACCAAACGAUUAUAUGGGAUCGACUUAUUUGCACGAAUAAAAGUGAUCCUUAACCUUGUGGUAACAUUUACA